AUGUCAAUGACGGAGUACAUGUGCAAACUUUUCUACGGCCGCCGGGGUAUUCCUCUCACAGACGAGCAGUUCAGUUGCAUUCUGAAAAACAGCCAUUUACUUCGCAAGCAAAUUUAUUGUAGAAUCCACAAUCAGUUUGCGUUUAGCGAGACUGAAAAUAUUUUUGAGCAUGCAUUGCAGACAUCAUCAAAAUUUGGGUCAGAAACUUUUUCACAAGCAUCAACGAGUCAAGAUGAAAACAAUUUUGAACAUUUCAAACUUCCUAUUUAUUUAGACGGUGGAGACUCUUCACUGAAUGAUAAGUUUCAAGAAACCGACUUACAAAGUGAGUUACCAGCAAAUUGUUUGACCUACAACAAACUCAAAACAACUUAUAGCGGUGACAGCUUCUUAAAUGCAAACUAUUUGGAAAAUAAAUCAGACGAAUAUAAGAGCGAUCUACUUCAAGUGUCAUCCGUGUGUGGAGAACUGAGCAAGACAUACUGCAAUGUUGAUUUUGACAUUUUCUCGCCAAUAAAUAUCAACAGAGUUUUCAGUUGUAAGCAUAACAAUGUUUACAACUCUUCCACGUCUGCUGACGAAAAAGGUAUCUUUCAACCUUCCGGCCUACCAAAAAAUGAUCAGUGUUUCAUGCAGCCCAUAAUACAUUUUUCAAAUUAUCAAACAUUUUCAAAACCUGUUUCAUUGAGAGACGCAGCAAGCGACGUUGAUUCAACACCGAAGCUGACAGAUGGAGAUAAACUUGAGAGCAUGUGUCCAACAACAUCGAAUCAAUCUCUUUAUGCUGAAGCCCCAAAUAAGAAUUUGAACACACAUUUCUAUUUAAAUGCUGGCAAUAGAUACGAAGUAAACAUCGUCUCUCAAUCCAGCUCCUUCCACGGAACGACAUGCGUAGAUUCAUCGAAGUGUCGUCUGUCAAACCACUUCUACUGCGACGACAAUGAAUAUAACAACGCUUCACCUUAUUUUCAAUACAGUCAAACCCCAUCAAAAAAUGGACCCAAUAAAGACUGUGGUGCAUACGGGCAGCUGCAACAUGCGUGUGCCGUCUGCGGGGACCACGCUGCCUGCCAACACUACGGCGUGCGAACGUGUGAAGGCUGCAAAGGAUUCUUUAAAAACUUUCGUAAAAUAAAUUUCACUUUAGUCAGCCAGACCUAUAGGCCGAAAGCCACCGUUAGAAAUUCUGGAAAAAAUGAGCUGGCAGGUGGGAAACUUUUCCAGAUGCAGAGCAAUCAAACUAUGAAACGGCAUGCGGUAUUGGUCUCAUUACCAGAUACCUCUAUAGGAGAGCUCAGGGAAGUUGAAUGA